AUAAAUAAAAUAAUCUAUGAUAAAUUUUUGCAAAAUAUGAAAGAAAUUUUUUAUAAUAAUGCAAAUGCCUAAGUAAAUUUUAAUAUGCUGAAUAAUUGAAUUUUAAAAAAAGCGGAUUAUCUACUCGAUUGAAUUUUUAUUACACUCUUACUAAUAUAAAUAUACGAACAUUACCACUCUAUGAAUUCUACUUAAUUUUGGAUAUUAAGGAACUAAUCAAAUAAUCAGAUAUUAUUAACAAAAUAUAUAAAAUUCACUCUACUUAAACGUUGGCUGUUGAAAGUGCAGAAUUAUACAGUGUUUAAUAAGGAAACUUUAAUUAAUUUUCAAUAAAAAAAAAGACAAAUUACAUAUACAAAUAAAGACGAUUUAAAAAUUUAUAUUUAAUUUUUUUCACAUUUUGGAUUGGAGAAUUAAUUUAAAACAAAAAAAACAAAAAUAUAUUAAAAAUGGCAGCAAGUCCAAAUGAAAUAUGGUUAUUAUUUUCAUGUUGUUUUCAUCAGACACCUUCACCAUCAAGACGGAGACAUAAAAGACUUCAUAUAGAUAGAUCUAUGAUUGGUAAUCCAACAAAUUUUGUUCAUACAGCGCACAUUGGUUCAACUGAUAUCGAAUUAUCUACAAAUCAUUUGGAUGCACUGCAAAAUCAAAUGAGAAGUAAAGGUGGUUAUGAAAUGACAGCACAACCACUGCAGGCAUGCUGAUCUUCUCCGGAUAAUUCGUAGUUUUUAAGGAAUUUAUUGGCAUAUUUAAGAUUUGAAUUAUUAUUAUUAAUAUUAUUAUGAUUCUUACAAAAUAUAGAAGAAAAAGAAGAAGGAAAAGAAAAAAUACAAUAAGUUAGUUAUCUUUAAAAAAAAAAAAUUUGUUUAAAUUAUAUACAUAACUAUACAUAAAAUAUAUGAAAAUAAAAUAUACAUAAUAUAUAUAUAAAUAUAUAAUUUAAUUGAUCCUAAAUUAGAAUUCUUAUAAUAAUAAUGUUUAUAAAAUUUGUUAAUUUUUAAGUAAAAUACCAAUUAGCAAUAUUAUUAAGAAAUA